AUGCAGAAUGAGUAUUCAAUAGGAAAACUAAUUGUUGCUAGAAAGGUACCUAAUAUUUUUAUAUGUUCUAUCCACUAGCAUCAAACUGGUAGACAAGUAUUGGUGAUUUUCACAUAUUAAUUCCAUGUCGGUGUAAAUAUCCCUUUAAAACAAAGAAAAUCCAUUGAAAUUUAUUCUGAGGAUAAUUUAUUUGGUACUUUACCGUUUUUUACCAACAUGGGUGCUUUAAUAUGACGUGAAAAAUAUCAGUAUAUAGUUCAAUCUGCCCUGGAAUUGUACACUUAUCAAAUCAUGUACCUUAAGGUUAUCUUGCUCUAUACUAAUGCCUCAUAAUUUACUCAUUAGUAAUGGUGAAGUGUUAGACGUGUUAGAUUCUUUGACAUUAACAGUGUCAUUCACUUGCUGUGCCUGAUACCAUUAUUUUACUAUCACUGUCUUUCACCCGACGAAAAAACAUGGGCUUUCAAGACCAGGAAACUCGAUCUACACUAGUAAUAACUACAGUUUAUGGGAAUGCAUUCAGUCUAUUAGGCACAAAGUUUAAAGUUUUGGGGAACAUAAAGUUGUCAUAUGCGGCAACCUUUAAUUCCCCUUCCCCCAAUAUUUCACAAAGUGUUUGCCGCAGAGUAUAUAUUAAGUUUGUCUAUCAUGCCAGAUGAUUUGUACAGAAGUCUCUUUUUUAUUUUUUAGUAUGAAAAGUUGACACUUAAUGACGAUGGUACGAUUGUUCAAAGUGAGUUUGUGGUAGAAGGUCGAAAGCAACCUUUGACUGUAAUAAGAGAGAUUUUUUUGAAGUCCCAUGCCAAUUAUAUGAGAACCGUUACAGAUGAAGAGCUAUGCAUGAUGUCAGAAGAACAAGUUAAAGAAAGAUUAGUUCAAGUUAAUGCUGUGUUCUCAGAUUUGGAUGAUGUAGAUACAUUAAAAGCAAAGCUGAAAGAUAUUUCACACACUCGUCAUCUAAAAAUAUGGCAUGAUCUGUCAACUGUCGCCAAUCACAGUCACCUAAUUUUCAUGGUUGCAUGCAUAUAUGACCCAGCUUUAUUUUACACAAAUAAGGAGUUUGAAAUGAAGACCAAGAGAAAAGUUGACAUUCAAACAAUCGUAGAAUCGCCUGAAGUUUACAUUGUCGCCAGAUCGAGCAGUUCAGAUGUAGAGCAGCUGUCGUAUAUAGAAACAAGAGUUGAAUGCUUGGAAGAAAUUAGCUUGCCAUUACCAAAUGAAAAUGGAGAGGAAAUAAUUGAUAUUAUGCGUUUCUUUCAUGGUGACAACCCAGCCCAGCAAUACGAGUGUGGCCAACAAAAGGGGGGCCACUAUUACUGUUCCGUCUGUGGAGUACACGCAAACCGUGUGUAUGAACUGGAUUACAGCUAUCGUUGCACGCACAUGUCGUUGAGUGACAGACAAAAGUUGAUUUUGGAAGGUGCCAUUUCUCGGCAAAAAACAUUGGCAGGAAAUAGCAAACCAGUUCACCAAUUGAAGAAGCCUGAGUUACUACAGGAGUUAAAUAGUAGGAAGAUCUAUGAGGGGGAAACACAAGAAGAUUUGAAAAGGUUGUUGACUGAUGAACUUCAUGGGGUUCAGAGAGUCCCAGCUCUUCUCUACACUAAUCCAUUGGCUAGUUUAGCUUCAAUUAACUGCGACAAGUAUGAAAUAUUACCAUUUGAACCGCUACAUGAUGUGGGAAAGCAUAUUGAAAAUAUUCUUGUUGAGUUGCCCAUGCAUGUUUCACCUGAAGAAGCAACAAUGAUCACUGAAACAAUUGAACUCUGCCUUGGAAAGAAAGAAACAAAACGAUGCUUUGACUACCGAUGUACUCUGAUUACGGUUACAAAUCGUGUAAUUGGCAAGGUUUCCCUGGAAGUACAGAGGCUGUUACAAACCUUGGUGGAAAUACAGGCCAUCGCAUAUGGAAGAGAUGAGAACUGUUCACCUCAGAGUGUUCUAAGAUUCCACAAUCUGACAUGGCUACAUGCAUUUCUAUGUUGGCAAGUUAUUGGCUACCAGACAAAGAAGAUGACUUGUCGAAAAUUUUGUGGCGUCUAUUUUCACAAAUUAUCGGCCCAUGCUGCUAUCCAAAAUCGCCUCAUUAGUGGAAAAUCUUGUCAUGCAGAAGAACAAGAAAGAGUUUUCAAUGCAGUUACCAACAUCACUCGGUCCACCUCAUCCUACAAACCGGAUCAUAUUAUUGGGAAUGUCUUGCUUCGAAUCCAAGCUGAGAAGAAAUUGGGGGAGUACCAUUCUGAGAAUACAAUUGAUCAGCAGCAAAAUCACAUUUCCAAACUGGCUAAAUCACUUCCCUCUCUUGGCAACACUGUUGUUCCUUUCAGCAUUAUAACACGUCAUUCUAAAUCUUGGCAAACUCAUUUGGAGAGGAUAAGUGACUUUCUUAUGUUUGGCAGAGGUGUUUGGUGGACCAGCAAUGAAGAAGGUGAUGUGGAAUUUUUUGACAGCAUGCAAUCCGGAGUAGAUUCAAGAUCUGAAGGUCCAAAGCUUCAUCAUUUUCGAUCAAGUAACUUCAAAGAAGAAGAAGACCACCUACAUAAGUGCUGGUCUGUGUGCAUCGAAAAGAAAAUUCUGUUACCUCUUCAUGUGCUGCGGUUGAAAGAUGCCACUACAGAUACCUUUAUCCCUACCCAGACCCAGUUCCUGAAAAAUCAAGAAUUGUCAGAUGAUGCUUCCAAUGAUGCCAGUAUGGAAGAUGAAGCAAAUAGUGAACACAUAGGAGAGAUCGCAAUUAGUACACCCGAAGAACACAGUCAAAACUGUUUUGAAAGUGUUGGUAAAAAUGACCAUUCUCAUGAGGAUAUUGUUCACUAUAACCUGAUAAUGCCCAUGCCUGAAGAUGAUUUGAGAGAAUCAAUGUUAGAAGACCCUCCAGUGGACACUGCACAUAUGACAGCUGGUAAGUUUUAGAUAAUUAAUGUUAACAAAAUAUAUUAGGACAUUAUAGUUUUGACUGUUAUGUACAGUAGGGGGUGCACCGGAAACCAAUUUUUUAAGUUCCGGCCGGAACCAGAUCUGGAUCUGCAAUAUAUAGUCAUAUGUUACUUUGUCUGCUGCCAGAAAAGCAGACACUUCAAGUCAUCAAGGAGAAAGCUCGCAAAUGGUAGAAUAAAAAGAUUGACAAAUGUUAAACGUCAUAAUGAAGUGUUAAUUGUGUAUAUUUUCCUUGUGUAACAGUCAAAAUUUCUCCCUACUGUGAACUUUUGUCAGACACAAAAACGUUUGAUAUUCUGAAAAUAACAGAGUUCCGGUUUCGAUCAUGCUUUUUUAUUAGUUCCGGCCAGAACCAGAGCUCUGAAAAAUAGGGGUUCCGGUGCCCCUCUACUGUUAUGUUCUACCAUAAUAUUAUGAUAACAAUCAUAUUAAAGCUGUUCUUUCAUAUUUAGCGCAAGAGGAUGUUCAAGCUGUAAAUGGCACAAGUGAAGCUCAAAUCAGCAAAGACCCUUUAAGUGCUAAUAAAGAACAAUGGCACACUAAAUUGGGCUCAACCCUGGCAUAUGUUCUUGGAAAUACAAAUGAAGUCAUUGAACUUGAUCAUGUCAGAAAAAAGGCCAAGGACCAACGACAGGAUAAGUUUUUGCUGGAUAGCUACAUGUAUAAACUUGCGGUGAUUCAAACAAAAGUGUCAAAGAAGAAAAGAGAGUUGGAGAAAAACAUUGAGGAUUGGGAAAAAAAAAAUUUUAUGUCCAACAAUAGGUUACCAACAUAUGACAAACUGAUAGCAGAUUCAGUCAUAAAAGAAAAAUUAAGACAAAUAAAAACUGCCAAAGUCAUUAUGAAAUUAAAGGGAUGA